AUGUUUCGUAGACCAAUUCAUAAACAAACUAUACGUUUGUUUUCCCAUUCACAAGCCCUCAGAUCAUCAUAUAAUCAAAUCACGAGGAAAACUGUUUCUGAUAUCCAUCAAUUUCAUCACUCACAGAAACCCAUUUCCGUGGUUACGGCCCAUGAUUUCAUAACUGCCAAAUUAGUCGAUGCUGGAGAUAUAGAUAUAUGCUUGGUAGGAGACUCACUAGCGAAUACUACGUUGGGAUACCAGGAUACUAAUGAAUUGACCUUGGAUGAAAUGAUGUACCAUGUCAAAUCAGUUCUGCGAGGUAACGAUAAAUCGUUAAUAAUUGCUGAUUUACCCUUUGGAUCAUUUGAAGCGUCAGUGAAACAAGCAACAAAAUCGGCAAUUAGGUUGGUGCAACAAGGUAAAGUCCAAGGAGUUAAAUUAGAAGGUGGUAAUCAAGAAAUUAUCCCUACUAUUAAGAAAUUGGUUUCAGUGGGAAUCCCAGUAAUGGGACACGUUGGAUUAACUCCUCAGAAACAUAAUGCAAUAGGUGGAUUCAAACUACAAGGGAAAGACGCAAAGGGAGCUUUGGACAUUUAUCAAGAAUGUUUGAAUUUACAACAGGCUGGGGUGUUUGCCAUAGUAUUGGAAUGCAUCCCCAAUAAGAUAGCUCAGUACAUAACUGAGCACUUAACGGUGCCCACAAUUGGAAUUGGUGCCGGUCCAUACUGUUCUGGUCAAGUGCUUGUGAUUUCGGAUAUGUUGGAAUUGAAGAAUCCUGAAGAAAGCCAUAUUGCCAAAUUUGUUAAACCAUAUGCUCGGUUUUAUCAAACUGGAGUUGAUGCUUUGAAGCAAUACAAGCUGGAUGUGGAAUCUAAGCAGUUUCCUUUGGCUGAUGAACAUGGAUACAAGGUGAAAAAGGAUGUUUUUGAACAAUUCAAACAGGAAGCGCAAAAUCUAAACAAGAACGAGUGA